CGUAACUCAGAAUAGGUAACCGUUGGAUAUCGAGUAGCGAUUGUAUACGACAGAUUUCCCUGGUGCUGCAGCCUGCAUGGCUAUGUAGAGAAAACUGGACACUUGUACCUCACACAAGAACUAGUAGUCGCCAGUGAACAGAGAAUAGUUUCGACCAAAAAGAAAAGUCAACAGACAAUAGUCAAUAGCAAAAUAUAACAGAUGAGGCAGAUCGACCAAGCGAACUAGGAAAGAAGGGAGAAACCGAGAGAGUAACCCAAAACAGAGGAAGGGAGAAGCCACAGACGCGAAGGAAAGGAGAUGAGGGUAUUUUGGGUACUUAAGAUGUUCAAUUUUCUAAUUAUCACUGUCAACUGAGAACGCAGACGCAGAACGUCUCCGCAGCUUCUCCUGGAACGCCGAUUUGAGGCUCCCAACUCCCACUCCGCCUGAUUGGAUGCCGGUCUGAAGAAAGGUGAGGUGGUAGGAAAUUUGAUUCGAUAUUGUUCCUCUGACAUGGAAGGAAAACGGGUGGUGAUUCCAAAGACCGAAGUCUUGGAUUAUGAAUUGCCAUCUUAUACGACCUGCCCAAGGGAUGUUGGGGACAACGUUGCAAGUUCAUCUGGAGGCAAUAUAAGAGAAUUCUUCAUUGGAAUGGGAUUCCUACCAUGUCUUGUUGAUAAAGUGAUUAAGGAAAAUGGUGAGGGUAAUGCUGACCAGUUAUUGGAGACUCUCUUUGCAUAUUCUGCUCUUGAAAAAUCUAAUUCGCAAUCUUCUGAUUCUCUGGAUAGCUUAUUUGAUGAUAAGGAUACUCCGGAAAUUUCCACUGGCAUUAAUCCAAAAGAGGAGCCUGGUGAGCUUUGUGAGGUUAAUGAUGAUAGAAGAGCAUCUUUACUGAGGAUGAACUUCCCCGUGAAAGAAGUAGAUUUUGCAAUGCAAAAGCUUGGUGAUAACGCUCCAAUUCAUAAGCUGGUGGAUGUUAUAGUUGCCGCUCAGAUUGCCAAGAAUAUUGAAAAGGAAAAAGAUGAUGUUGCCAUUAUUUACACAAAAAAUGAGGUAAAUAAUGAAAAACUGUUUGGGACCAUGGAAAAAACACUUAAGCUACUUGAAAUGGGCUUCUCUGAGCGUGAAGUGUCAUCAGCAAUUGAAAAACUAGGUACUGAGGCUCCUAUAUUAGAGCUUGCGAACUGUAUUGUAGCAGAGCAAAAUGGCAUCAAUUAUGUUGUGUGUAAGUAUCCCCCUGCUUCUAGUUCAUGUUCUACGAGGAUCAAAAAAGAGUUAAAUGGCACAGAAGAAGUGAAAACAGAGAAUUUUGGCCACGAACCUUUGCAGUCAAGGGAUGUCAACUUAGAGGAACCUUAUCGUGGUAAAAGGGUGAAGGAUGAGUAUGCUGGUGAAUUUCCUGUUGCUAAUUCUAGCAUGGAGUAUUCCAACUUCGAGGAAAAUAAUGUUGGUAAAAGGCCAAAGCAGGAACAUUAUGAUGUCUCGACCUCUCCUCUUGAUCCUGAUUGGGUGGAAGAGAAAGUUAAUAUUGACACUGGUGGACUGCCCAAGCUUUACAAACCAAAUCCAUCCAGGUGUCUUAACAUAGUAGCAGCAAAACCUCCAUAUUUCUUGUAUGGAAACAUAGCUAGUAUAUCUUAUGACUCAUGGGGAAAGAUUUCUCAGUUCUUGUAUGCUCUUGAACCUGAAUUUGUGAAUACUCAGUUCUUUUCAGCCGUGAGUAGAAGAGAAGGAUAUGUACACAAUCUUCCAACUGAAAACAGAUUCCGCAUCGUCCCCAUGCCACCUAUGACUAUUGCAGAUGCAAUACCGCAUAUAAAGAAAUGGUGGCCAUCUUGGGAUCCAAGGAAGCAGUUGAGCUGCAUUAGUUGUGAAACCAGUGGAAUAGCUCAACAUUGUGAUAGAUUAGGACGGACCCUAGCUAAUUCUAUUGGAACUCUCACAUCUGAACAGAAGCAAGACAUCCUACAUCAUUGCCAUUCGCUAAAUCUUGUGUGGGUUGGCAAGAACAAACUGGGCCCCAUGGAGCCUGAACAUUUGGAGGUUAUCUUAGGCUAUCCAUUGCAUCAUACCCGUAUUCCUGAUAUUAGUUUGAGAGAUAGACUCAAUCUACUAAAAUACUGCUUUCAGACAGACACGUUGGGUUACCAUCUUUCAACGUUGAAGGCCAUGUUUCCUGAUGGAUUGACGCUGUUGUCAAUUUUCAGUGGGAUUGGUGGGGCAGAAGUUGCUCUUCAUCGUCUAGGGAUCAAGAUAAAGAAUGUUGUGUCAAUUGAGAGUUCUGAGGCUAAGAGGAAGGUUCUGAAGAGGUGGUGGCAGACUUCUGGGCAAAAGGGGGAGUUGGUUCAGAUCGAAGAAGUUCAAAAGCUCACAAGUAGCAGGCUUGACGGUAUGAUCAAAAAAUUUGGUGGUAUUGACCUGGUCAUUUGUCAGAACCCAUCCUCUUGCUCAAGCCCUAAAAGCCAGGGAGGUCAGACUCACAUCGCUUUCGAUUUUUCCUUGUUUUAUGAAUUUGUCCGUGUUGUGCAGCGUGUGAGGAGCUUGUGUGAAAGGAGGUGACACUGUAAAUAUUUCUGUUUCUUUUUAUCAUUUUGGAGACAUGUAGUGACCCUAAUAUUCCAUUUUCUCUUGAAGUUUUUCUUGGUA